CCGCGCUGAGCCCGAGCCCGCCCGGAGCGCCGCCGCCGCCGCCGCGCCGACCAUGUCGGCGGCCAAGGAGAACCCGUGCAGGAAAUUCCAGGCCAACAUCUUCAACAAGAGCAAGUGUCAGAACUGCUUCAAGCCCCGCGAGUCGCAUCUGCUCAACGACGAGGACCUGACGCAGGCAAAACCCAUUUAUGGUGGCUGGCUGCUCCUGGCUCCAGAUGGGACUGACUUUGACAACCCGGUGCACCGGUCUCGGAAAUGGCAGCGGCGGUUCUUCAUUCUUUACGAGCACGGCCUCUUGCGCUACGCCUUGGAUGAGAUGCCCACGACCCUCCCUCAGGGCACCAUCAACAUGAACCAGUGCACAGAUGUGGUGGAUGGGGAGGGCCGCACGGGCCAGAGGUUCUCCCUGUGCAUCCUGACGCCCGAGAAGGAGCAUUUCAUCAGGGCAGAAACCAAGGAGAUCGUCAGUGGGUGGCUGGAGAUGCUCAUGGUCUAUCCCAGGACCAACAAGCAGAACCAGAAGAAGAAACGGAAAGUGGAGCCUCCCACACCCCAGGAGCCCGGGCCUGCCAAGGUGGCUGUCACCAGCAGCAGCAGCAGCAGCAGCAUCCCCAGUGCUGAGAAGGUCCCCACCACCAAGUCCACACUGUGGCAGGAGGAAAUGCGGGCCAAGGACCAGCCAGACGGCAGCAGCCUGAGUCCAGCUCAGAGUCCCGGCCAGGGCCAGCCUCCUGCUACCAGCUCCCUGCGGGAACCUGGGCUGGAGAGUAAAGAAGAGGAGAGUGCCGUGAGCAGCGACCGCAUGGACUGUGGCCGCAAAGUCCGGGUGGAGAGCGGCUACUUCUCCCUGGAGAAGACCAAGCAGGACUUGCAGGCCGAGGAGCAGCAGCUGCCCCCACCGCUCUCCCCGCCCAGCCCUGGCACCCCUAACAACAGGUACAGUUGCCCCGAAUCGCUCUCCCAGGAGCUUGGUCAUCCCUUUCCUUCCCCAGGUCCUCGACCCCCCAGCCGGAUGGUCUACAGCAUCUCCCUUGGCUCCCUGGACGUAGCUGGCCGGCCCCCUGCCCACGUGGACUCUGGCAGCACUGGGGGGCAGGGGACAGAGAGACUGGGGAGCACCUUUGCCUUUAAAGCCAGCAGGCAGUACGCCACCCUGGCCGACGUCCCCAAGGCCAUCAGGAUCAGCCACCGAGAAGCCUUCCAGGUGGAGAGAAGGCGGCUGGAGCGUAGGACUCGGGCCCAGAGCCCUGGCAGGGAAGAGGUGGCCCGCCUGUUUGGCAGUGAGCGGAGGAGGUCCCAGGUGAUAGAGAAAUUCGAGGCCCUGGACAUUGAGAAGGCGGAGCACAUGGAGACCAACUCGUCAGCAGGGCCGUCGCCCUCCAGCGACACUCGCCAGGGCCGCAGCGAGAAGAGGGCCUUCCCCAGGAAGCGGGACGUCACCAGCGAAGCCCCCACAGCUCCUCUCCCAGAUGCCUCAGCUCCCCCCCUGUCUCCACAUCGCAGAGCCAAGUCACUGGACAGGAGGUCCACGGAGCCCUCCAUGACGCCUGACCUGCUGAAUUUCAAGAAAGGCUGGCUGACCAAGCAGUACGAGGAUGGCCAGUGGAAGAAACACUGGUUUGUCCUGGCUGAUCAAAGCCUGAGAUACUACAGGGACUCGGUGGCUGAGGAGGCAGCUGACUUGGAUGGGGAGAUUGACUUGUCUACGUGUUAUGAUGUCACAGAGUAUCCAGUCCAGAGAAACUAUGGCUUCCAGAUACAUACAAAGGAUGGUGAGUUCACGCUGUCGGCCAUGACAUCUGGAAUCCGGAGGAACUGGAUCCAGACCAUCAUGAAGCAUGUGCACCCGGCCACCACCCCAGAUGUGACCAGCUCCUUGCCAGAGGAAAAGAACAAGAGCGGCUCCUCUUUUGACACCUGCCCAAGACCGAGUGAGAAGCAAGAGGCAGAGCCAGGGGAGCUGGACCCUGAGCAGAAGAGGAGCCGUGCUCGAGAGCGGAGGCGGGAGGGCCGCUCUAAGACCUUUGACUGGGCUGAGUUCCGCCCCAUCCAGCAGGCCCUGGCUCAGGAGAGGGCUGGCGCCAUGGGGGCCCCCGUGGGAACCCCCGAUACCCACGAGCCUGGGCGCCCUGAGGCAGAGCCUGGUGAGCUUGAGCGGGAGCGCGCACGACGGCGGGAGGAGCGCCGCAAGCGCUUUGGCAUGGCGGACGCGGAGGAUGUGGCCCUGCGCAUGGAGGUGGACCGGAGCCCAGGGCUGCCUGUGACCCCCGACCUCAAGGCACAGAAUGUCCAUGUGGAGAUUGAGCAGCGGUGGCAUCAGGUGGAGACCACCCCUCUUCGGGAAGAAAAGCAGGUGCCCAUCACGCCCCUGCACCUGUCCUCCUCUGAGGACGGAGGAGACCGGCUCUCUGCACAGGAGCUGACCUCUCUGCUGGAGAAGGAGCUAGAACAGAGCCAAAGGGAAGCCUCGGACCUUUUGGAACAGAACCGACUCCUGCAGGACCAGCUGAGGGUGGCCCUGGGCCGGGAGCAGAGCGCCCGGGAGGGCUAUGUGCUGCAGACUGAAGUGGCCACCUCCCCAUCGGGCGCCUGGCAGAGGCUCCAUAGAGUCAACCAAGACCUCCAAAGUGAGCUUGAAGCCCAGUGCCAGCGCCAGGAGCUGAUCACGCAUCAGAUUCAGACCCUGAAACGUAGCUAUGGGGAGGCCAAGGAUGCGAUCCGGCACCACGAGGCCGAGAUCCGGAGCCUGCAGGCGCGGCUCAGCAAUGCCGCUGCCGAGCUGGUCAUCAAGGAGCAGGCACUGGCCAAGCUCAAGGGCGACCUGAAGCGGGAGCGGGGCAGGGUCCGCGAGCAACUGGAGGAACGGCAGCACAGCGAGGCGGCACUGAGCGGCCAGCUGAGAGCCAGUGAGCAGAAGCUCAAGAGCGCCGAGGCUCUGCUGCUGGAGAAGACGCAGGAGCUGCGGGACCUGGAGACGCAGCAGGCGCUGCAGCAGGACCGGCAGAAGGAGGUGCAGAGGCUGCAGGAGCGCAUCACCGACCUCAGCCAGCAGCUCAGCGCCAGCGAGCAGGCCCAGCGGCUGAUGGAGGAGAAGCUGCAGAGGAACUACGAGCUGCUGCUGGAGAGCUACGAGAAAGAGAAGGAGGUGCUGCUGCAGAACCUGAAGGAGGUGGAGGACAAGGCCAGCACCUACGAGGACCAGCUGCAGGGCCAGGCCCAGCACGUGGACACCCUCCAGAAGGAAAAGCUGAGCGCCACAUUUGAGGGCAGUGAGCAGGUGCACCAGCUGGAGGAGCAGCUGGCGGCCCGUGAGAGCAGCAUCCGCAGGCUCACCGAGCAUGUGCAGAGCCUGUGUGACGAGCGGGACCUUCUCAGGCAGCAGUUCCAGGAGCUGACGGAGCGUGUGGCUACGUCCGAUGGGGACAUGGCUGAGCUCCAGGAGAAGCUGAGGGGAAGAGAGGCUGACUGCCAGAGCCUAGAGCACUCCUACCGGAGGGUCUCCAGCCAGCUCCAGAGCAUGCACGUUCUGCUGAAAGAGAAGGAGGAGGAGCUGGAGCACAUUAAGGAAGUGCACGAGAAAGUUCUGGAAAAGAAAGAUCAGGACCUCAAUGAGGCUUUGGUUAAAAUGGUUGUCUUGGGGAGCAGCUUAGAGGAAACAGAAAUUAAGCUUCAGGCAAAGGAAGAGAUUUUAAGGAAAUUUGCAAAUGAAUCUUUAAAGGAUGUGGAAGAGCCACAGAGUGCCCCAGAAGAAACGGAAGAGGAUGGCAUUUUGCUCCUGGGCCAACAGCUCCAAGCCAUAGGGGCACCUCUGGGCUCCCCACAUGCAAGGCUUGAGGAGGAGGAUGGCCUGGGGGAGGGGUGCGGGGGGGGCAGCCCUGGUGGGGAAGAGAACGUGCCGCCUCCGAAGUUGGCAGAAGUGCCUGACAGGGAGGGGCACCUGCAGAGCACAGCCAGACCCGACCCGGGGGCACCUGGAGUGAAAAGGCAGAGGAUCCGGUUCUCCACAAUCCAGUGCCAGAGAUAUGUCCAUCCUGAAGCGUCUGAGAAGACCUGGACCAGCAGCACAUCUUCCGACACCAGCCAGGACCGGUCGCCCUCGGAGGAAAGCAUGUCCUCGGAGGCUGCACCCAGCGUACCGCCCGCCACUGGCGACUCGGAGAUGUACCUGUCCAUCAUACACUCCCUGGAGACCAAGCUCUACGUCACAGAGGAGAAGCUCAAAGAUGUGACUGUCAGGCUGGAGAGCCAGCAGGGCCAGAGCCAGGAGGCGCUGCUUGCGCUGCACCACCAGUGGGCUGGCACCGAGGCCCAGCUCCGCGAGCAGCUCCAUGCCAGCCUGCGCCAAGUCGGCGCGCUGACCUCCCAGCUGGAGCAGGAGAGGCAAGAGAGGGCUGGAAGGGUUGAAGGUCAUGUUGGGGAGCUUGGGAACUUCCAGGUGAAAAAUAGUCAGGCCCUGACUUGCUUGGAAAACUGCCGAGAACAGCUGAGAUCUCUGCUGAGGGCUGGCCAGGAGGAGCAGGACACGCGGGCGGCCUCGCUGGCCAGUGUGGAGAGCGCACUUGUCAGUGCCAUCCAGGCCCUGCGACACUGGCCAGCCCCCGCCGACAGUGGGGCCCGUGCCCAGGCAGAGGAGGGCAGCUCCGUGGAGAAUGGGCUGCCCGUGCCUCGGCGGCAGCCCUCCCCGCCCGAGCUGACCGAGCAGGAGCAGGUGAGGCUCCUUUCCCAUCAAGUAGCUCUGGAGGCCUCGCUGAUCAGCCAGAUAGCGGACUCUUUAAAGAACACAACAUCGGAUAUCUCGCGUGUUCUCCACGAGAUUUCUCAGUCAGGAGAGUUGCUGCUGGAGUCUGAGGGGGCCACAGUCUCCACGGGGACCCCCGCAGAUGCCUGGGCCAAGAAGGUGCUGGUGGACGGUGAGUUCUGGAGCCAGGUGGAGGCUCUGAGAAAGCACCUGGGGACCCUGGGAGGCGAGGCAGGCGCUGGGUCAGGAGGGGGACAGCAGAGCGUCCCACAAGGCCUGGCCCCCGGCCUGGCCGAUGCCACGUGGGUCAGAGCGGAGCUCAGCUUUGCCACGCAGUCAGUGAGGGCGUCGCUGCACCGCAGGUUGCAGAGCGUCCAGGAGACCCUGCGGGGGACCCAGACAGCCCUGCGGCAGCACAAGUGCCUGCUGAGGGAGAUCCUGGGAGCCUACCAGACCCCAGACUUUGAGAGAGUGAUGCAGCAGGUUUCAGAAUCCCUCAGGCUUCCAGCAGGUGGUGAAGACACUGCACCAACAUCCUGGGCCCUGAGCCCCUCAGGAGAGGUACUGAGCCAAAACCCAGACGGCUCCCAGGAGCCCUUUCGUUUUUCUGACCAGAGCCCCGGGGCCUUUGUUGCCAUUCAGGAAGAGCUCGCCCAGCAGCUAAAGGAAAAGGCCCACGUCUUAGAGGAGAUAGCUGCUGCUUUGCCGUCUCUGCCUCCUGUGGAGCCACUGAGGGAUUGUCAGAAGCUUCUUCAGGCAUCCCAGAAUCUCUCGUAUAUCGCUUGUUUGGGAGGCCUCGGUCAGUAUUCUUCAUUACUGGUUCAAGAUGCAAUUAUUCAGGCUCAGGUGUGUUAUGCAGCUUGCAAAAUUCGGCUGGAGUAUGAAAAGGAGCUCCAGUUCUACAAGGAGUCCUGGCUGACCAGGGGUGCCUCCUGCCUGGAGCAGGCGCAAGCUGUCAGGGUCCUGAGGGAGGAAUACAAAGAACUGCUCCGCAAACAGAAGAGCGAGUACCUGGAAGUGAUCACCAUCAUCGAAAGGGAAAAUGCAGAGCUCAAGGCCAAGGUCGCCCAGCUGGACCAGCAGCAGCGGCGUCUGGAGGAAGCGGAGAGCAAGCACAGUGAGAACAUAUUCGCCCUGCGGGGCAGGUACGAGGAAGAGAUCAGGUGCGUGGUGGAGCAGCUGAAUAGGACCGAGAACACACUGCAGGCUGAGCGCAGCCGGGUCCUGAGCCAGCUGGACGCCUCUGUCAAAGACAGGCAGGACAUGGAGAGGCACCAUGUGGCACAGAUGCAGACCCUGGAGGACAGGUUCCAGCUCAAGAUCAAAGAGCUGCAGACCAUCCACGAGGAGGAGCUGAGGAUCCUGCAGGAGCACUACUCGCAGAGCCUGCGCUGCCUGCAGGAGACCCUCUGCCUCUACCAGGGCCAGCACCCCAAGGCCCUGUCGGCCCCCUCCUCCUGCAGGCAGGCCGCCGAGGGGGAGGCCGAGUCUACGACGGGGCUGAGGGAGCGCAUCCAGGAGCUGGAGGCCCAGAUGGACACCAUGCGGGAGGAGCUGGGCCAUAAGGACCUGGAGGGUGACACAGCCGUGCUGCGGGAGAAGCACCAGAGGGACUUUGAGAACCUUAAGGCCACGUGUGAGCGGGGGUUUGCAGCAAUGGAAGAAACACACCAGAAGAAGAUUGAAGAUCUACAGAGGCAGCACCAGCGGGAGCUGGAGAAGCUUCGGGAGGAGAAAGACCGCCUCCUCGCCGAGGAGACAGCAGCCACCAUCUCAGCCAUUGAAGCCAUGAAGAAUGCCCACCGGGAGGAGAUGGAGCGGGAGCUGGAGAAGAGCCAGCGGUCCCAGAUCAGCAGCAUCAACUCAGACAUCGAGGCCCUGAGGCGGCAGUAUCUGGAGGAGCUGCAGUCAGUGAAGCGGGAGCUGGAGGUCCUCUCCGAGCAGUACUCGCAGAAGUGCCUGGAGAACGCCCACCUGGCCCAGGCGCUAGAGGCUGAGCGGCAGGCCUUGCGGCAGUGCCAGCGCGAGAACCAGGAGCUCAACGCCCACAACCAGGAGCUGAACAACCGCCUGGCUGCGGAGAUCACACGGUUACGGACGCUGCUGACCGGUGACGGCGGCGGGGAGGCUGCUGGGUCACCCCUCACGCAGGGCAAGGACGCGUAUGAGUUGGAGGUCUUACUGCGGGUCAAGGAAUCAGAAAUACAGUACCUAAAACAGGAGAUCAGCUCCCUCAAGGACGAGCUACAGACAGCAUUGCGGGACAAGAAGUACGCCAGUGACAAGUAUAAAGACAUCUACACAGAGCUCAGCAUUGCAAAGGCAAAAGCCGACUGCGACAUCAGCAGGUUGAAAGAGCAGCUAAAGGCCGCGACAGAAGCGCUGGGGGAAAAGUCCCCUGAGAGUGCCGCCGUGUCAGGAUACGAUAUAAUGAAAUCUAAAAGCAACCCUGACUUCUUAAAGAAAGACAGGUCCUGCGUCGCCCGGCAACUUAGAAACAUCAGGUCCAAGUCCGUAAUUGAGCAGGUCUCAUGGGAUAACUGAAACGCACCCGCUUCCAGGUCCCUGUCAUAGUCUGAAGGAAGGUCUGACGGUGCAGGAGCGGCUGAAGCUUUUUGAAUCCAGGGACUUGAAGAAAGACUAGCUGUGUCCCGUUCAACUUGAACACGCACCUUUCCCGGCUUGUGGCAGCACAACCCGAGCGCUGCUUUUUGUCUGUACCUUUGUUUAUUAUUAUUAUUACUGUUACUGUCAUCAUUCACUGUGGGUGUGGAUGCAUGAGAGACUGGUUUAUGGGUUGUUCACACCAUUCCCUGCUGUGUUGAUUUAGACUUCCUAUGGUCUUAUCAAAGCAUUUUUUCCAUGGUAUUCUGAAAUUAGUCCAGCGGGAGGGCUGGGGACGGCUGUCCCUGCAGCCGGCGUCUGUGAGAGCCCCUCCCUUGCUGUAAGCUGCCGCGCUCACUGUCAGUAUUAAGGCUCAGCAGCCUGUUGAUAAGCUAGCCCUGCCUCACCAAGCACUGGGGUGCAAGCAGGGCCCGGCGGCCAGCACACCACAGGGUAGACUAGUCCCGUUGGUCAGAGAAGAGGCCGUGUGGACGUCUGGCUCGACCUGGAUCACAGCACUGCUACCUGACUCGGUAGCCCAGCUGUCAGAGGAGGAGGAGGUGCACUGCCUUUUGGCCUGAGAGGAGGACAGCAUUUUGUAUUUGUUCCACUGAUGCAGCUUAGAAGCACACCCCAGAUAAUCGUGGCAAACCUUUCACAACCUGGAAAAUGUUGAAAGCAACCAUUCCUAUUUUUGUUUGUUUUUUAUUAAAUCUUACACAAAACCCC